ACCGCCUGAGCCCACCUACGCUGACUCUCUCCACCAAUCACAGCAGAGCGACUUGCGCGCUGCCUCCCUCCGGCUGAUCCAAACUAGCACUGGCCCCAUCGGUAGUUAAACAAACAUGGCUCUGCUACAUUAUCAGACAACAACUCUUUAUGAUACGUAGGCAAAUUUAAAGGAAAAAAUGCGAAGAUUAUUAAGAAACAUGCCAUGCGUGAUAUGACACCGUGGACGGAGAGUCGCUAUAUUAUUUAGUGCGUUAGCUUAGUGUAGCCUUUUGUGACCGUGUUUACACGUAGCUAGCUCUUGUUGGCUAAUGUAAGCUAGCAAAAUGGACCUUGGAUCAAUGUUGUACAACAAUUUAAAAGAAGUUACAUGGAGUACCACGUCCUUACCAUUAGAUCAACUUGUCAGUGCUUAUAAGUUGCCUCAAAUUGUCAAGCUGGAUAACGGUCAGCUGGUUGAAGGGCUCAGAGACAAUGACUACCUCUUGAUUCAUUCCUGUCGUCAGUGGACGACUAUUACUGCUCACAGUCUGGAGGAGGGACAUUAUGUCAUUGGGCCCAAAAUAGAGAUCCCAGUUCACUAUGAAGGUCAGUUCAAGUUGCUCGAGCAGGACAGAGAUGUCAAAGAGCCUGUGCAGUACUACAACAGCGUGGAGGAAGUGGCCAAAGCGUUCCCUGAAAGGGUAUAUGUCAUGGAGGAAAUCAUGUUCAAUGUUAAGAUGGCUUCAGGGGAAUGCAAUGAAGACACAGAGGUUUACAACAUUACACUAAACACUGGUGAUGAACUGACGUUAAUGGGCCAAGCUGAGAUCCUUUACGCCAAAAGCUUCAAAGAAAAAUCAAGAUUCAACACCAUUUUUAAGAAGAUUGGAAAGCUGAACUCCAUCAGUAAGAUCGGUCGAGGCAAGAUGCCUUGCUUGAUUUGCAUGAACCAUCGCACCAAUGAGAGCAUCAGCCUGCCGUUCCAGUGCAAAGGCAGGUUCAGCACCUGCAGUCCACUUGAGCUUCAGAUGCAAGACGGCGAGCACAACAUCAGGAACAUCGUGGAGAAAACCCGUCUCCCUGUCAAUGUGACAGUACCCAGCACUCCACCCCGCAACCAGUAUGACCUCCACCUUAUUAGGGAGGGUCAUCGGUACAAAUUGGUCAACAUUCAGACGAAAACAGUGGUUGUGUGCUGCAUUCUGCGAAGCAAUAAAAUUAUCCCUAUCCAUUUUCCGUUUCAUAUAGCCAUGCCACGAUUUAUUGUUCCGGAAGAAUUGCUGCAAGGAGAGUUGUGGUUAGAUACUAUGGUGCAUCGCUGGUUUGCGUUCUGCCAGGAACAGUUUGAUAUCGAUGACUAUUCUCGUGCUGUCCGGGACGUACGAACAGACUGGAAUGAAGAUGGCAAAAGCCCCAAAAAAAGCAGUGGAAAUGGUAGUUGUAGCAGUGGAGGAAGCGGGAGUUCAAGCGGCUGUCCCAAUCAUAUGCAAAUUCCCAGCUCUUUGACUUACGCCCGAGAUGAACUCACCCAGUCCUUCCACCGACUGUCUGUGUGCGUGUAUGGCAGCAACCUGCACGGUAACAGCGAGGUCAACUUGCAGGGUUGUAUGACACUAUGCGGAGAUUGGGCUCUUAUGGCUUCUGACAGUCAUCCUUCAGAAGAGAAUGAACACUUUUUCCCAGAGCUGUUGGACUGCACAAACGCACAACCAACCCUCAACAAGCUGGAUGUUCCCUAUGAAGAGCUGUGGUUGGAUCACUUGAGAAGUCAGAUUCCAAAAGCCUCUCAAAGCGAAGGAAUCAGAGGCCUCAACAGUGACUGUGCCACAACAGCUGCACUGACAAACGCAGUCACUUGUCCUCUGGGUGCCAUAACCAGCUCUGAUGUGCCUCUUACUCCUCCACCAGUCCCACCAAAGUCUGAAGCUGUGAAGGAAGAAUGUCGUCUUUUGAAUGCGCCACCAAUCCCACCACGAGGCCUGAAACAGAUACCAUCAGUGCCUGUCCUUUUGAAGCCACGGCAGCAAGAAACUCGGUCUCCAAGUCCAACCCUCUCCUAUUAUUCUUCUGGUCUCCACAACAUUAGUGGAACAUGUGAGCAAGAAGAAACUGACCCACAAGAGCAAAGCCACGUGUGCUACCCUUGCAGCUGGGCUAAUUCCAGCAGCACUGAACCAAAGGCUGCUUCCCCCAGUGGUAGCUUGCCGUCAGAUGGAGUUUCAUCGCGGUUGUCUUGGCCAAAUCAUUUCAGUGGAGGGGAUUCACAUUGCAUGGACGAGUUUCUGCCUACAACCUGUCGAAGUUACUACAGUUACCCCAGAAAGAGAACCCCAAGCACUCCAAAAACCUGUACAACCAGCCUUGUUGACUUUGAUGGCCGAGAGUAUGCACACCGCAGUAAGGACUUUGACUUGCCGAAAGCAUCUCUGAGUCCUUUCUGCAACAAAUCUUCAAGCUGCAAUUCAGAAAUGUACAGUGACAAGCUAAUAGACGCAUCUAACACCAAGCAGAGCCUCUCCUGCCCGAUCCUGCCACCAAGAACACCAAAAUCAAAUGCCAUAAAGAAGUGCACAGAUGUACUGUCAGAGUCGGCCUGUGACAGUAAGCCGGAAACUUUAUAUUCCUCACUUGCUCAACAUGAGCAGGGAACAAAAGAGAUACACUCCAUCUCUAACACUCCAACUGUUAACUGUCCAUCCUUGUCUCACACUACACAGUGGCAGCCACCACCGAGCUUGGCUGGCCUUUCAAUUGAAGAGGUCUCCAAAUGUCUGAAAUUUAUUGGCCUGCCAGAUGACAUUGUUUCUCUUUUCGUGUCAGAAAAGAUUGAUGGGAAUCUACUCCUGCAGCUCACCGAGGAGAUUUUGUCUGAAGACUUCAAGCUAAGCAAACUGCAGGUGAAGAAACUCAUGCAGUUCAUAAAUGGGUGGAGACCCAAGAUAUAACAGUAUGUAACUUAAAAACUCCUGUAAAGCUGAGAACAUCCUGCCUUCAGUUUGUAUGCUAUGCACAUCAAGCCACAAAGAGUUUCUUUUUGUAUAGUAUGAACUUAUUUCCUUGUUACUACAUGGUGGGGAAGACAAGUGGGUAAUACCCACUUAAAGUCUAUGACUCCUAUUUGCUAACUGAAUGGAAUCAUUUGGCACUUUCACAAAGACAUUUACAUGUCAAUUGCUUACUUUUUCACCCACGACCUAUUCAUGUCACUACACAGAUACUAAUUUAAGCCAGGGAAUUGAAAGAAAUCCACAUAAUCGUUUUAAUGUGAGAGCUAUAUGAAGACAAUGUUGUCUUUUGUUAAAGGAGAGUGCCACAGAAUUUUGCUGCGAUUAGCUGGAUGUUUAAAAGAGCACGAACUAGAAAAUAUUUUAUAUAUAUAUAUCUAUAUAUCUAUAUAUAUAUAUAUAUAUAUAUCUAUAUAUAUAUACAUAUAUAUAUAUACACAUAUUAGUACAGCCAACUGCCAAUAAUAUUAGGAGUAAUUACAGAAAACCCAAAUCUUUUUUGGGAGAAGUGGUAUCAGGUGACAGGACGAUGGUUAAUUGUCUAACUUUGGAAAAUUAAUUAUUGCAUGUAGUCAAUCCGACAGGGUUUUGUUUGCCCUCAGAAUUUGCGUCCCCUCAAUAUAACUGUGCUAAUAACAGUGAGCUACGUUAAGUCAUUAUCUGCAGCAGGGUUUAAAGGUGACACUUCCUAUGCAGGAGCUCUUUUUUGUUUGCGUCUCAAGUUAAACACUCCGUAUUUUAACCUAAAAUGUCUCGGCUAAAUGUCAUUUUGGGUUAUUUAAGCCUGAAAAGAAAUUAGUUAUAUCUAACCAAAUUCUGUCCUUUCUUUUAAACUCACAUGGAGAUAACCAAAAGCACCAACAGAUCUUGGCGUCCAAUAUAAAUGAAAAAUUAAAUGCAUCAUGCACUUUGGUAGAUUUCAGAUUAAAUAUUGCAGUUAAGGUCAUUAAAUAUAAUUGAUGAGAUUGUUUAUGUAGAGAAUGAAUGCACUACAUUUUUUUAAUUGCAAGGGUACUCAUUUGUUUCUACUGUAUGUAUUGGUAAGUGUUACCUACAAUACUUGCGAGACAGAAGUAAUAGUUUUUUGCGCCUUAACCCAGAGACCUUAAACCAUUUGAUAUUUUCCUUUGACGUAACAUUUUCUUUUUGUCAGAGAGUAUACACUAACAACUGGAAUUUCUCCAGACCACAGAGGCAUGUAAGCUAAACUUGAAAAUGAUAAACUACAAUGAAAUAUUUGUUUGUAUUGGUAACUUUUUUUUUUUUUUUAAAUACCCUUAAUUCAGAAUUGAGUUAUUUAUGCAGUAAUUUAACAUGAUGCAAAAUAUGCAGGAGAGUUCUUGUCAGACCAUUCUUAUGGCUGACACAUGAAGGUGCCUCAGCAGUAACAGCCUUUGUACAACUCGGGUCUGGUCUGUUGGCCAACAGCUGUUGUUUUGUUUUCCCCCCACCCAACAGUUUUUUUUUUCUUUUUUACAGUGGGGUGUUACAUAUUUUACUUGAUAUUUUUUUAUUUUGUAUGUAGGUGCAAAUUAAAUAUAAUUUUUUUAUUGAAAUGAUUACUAAUGUUGAGAUUAUUUUUUAUUGAGAAAAAGCUUAUGUUCAAAUUUCUGUUUUGUUUUUUUAAUUCUGUAAAAUGUGGGUUCUACUCGGGUUUCUAACUUCAUGCAUUAAAAUAACACUCGGUCACAGGGGGGGAAAUACCUACGAAUCUCUUUCGCACUCCAUGGACAGUGACCAAAAGAUAAUGUUAAUAAGCUGUAUUUCCAUUUAAGUUAGUCUCAGUAUCGCUGUUUUUAUGGAGAAUGAUUUCUGUCCCUGGAAACUUAUUACAUAGCAUAAUGUCUUAUGCAAUAGCCAUGGCACUCCAAAGUGACCACGGAAAGGAAAUACAAAGCAGUGGAGUAUUAUAGGGUAUUAUUAACUGUAUUGAAAAUGCCACAGUGUUAAUUUAUAAAAAUUGCAUGCCAAAGAAAUAAUUCCAAACCAUUAGCCAAUUUAUCUUGAAUAAUUCUGGAAUUAUUCAAUGAACUGUGAAAACACUCCAACAUCUAGCCCUGUCCCACUAAUCCAACAUUGUGAAGCACUCUGUACCAAAGCUCAUUCUGCCUUGGUAACACACUCAGCUCUGGAUCACUGCCUACAUGAAGUGUUGCAAUUUUUUGUAUAAAAAGAAGGUAAAUGACUGUGACACUGGGUUUGACAUCAUUACUUACAAGUUGAGUUCUGAACAUUUGUUUUUCAUUUUAACUCUUGUUUUCCCUGUUUCCCCUUUUGCAUUGUAUCAUCUAUUAAACAUGGAUUAACUGGU